GGAACCACCAAGAAGGCAUCCACGCGGGGAGAUCUGGAAAGAAAUGGCUUAGUGGAAGUUGGCUGUCCCUGAUCGAGGAGAAGGAAAAGGAAAGUGGAAAUGUCUGCUUCCUGUUACAUGAAGGAGGCUUCAUGGAGUAGAUCAGAGGGUUCUCUGAUUGACAUGGACAAUGGAAAUCCUGCAAGGAAAGAUUGGACAGAUGAAAAGGAAAAUGAAUUUGAUUUGAAGUUCCGUUGGUCCGAAAAAUUUAAGCAAGGUGCUCCCAGUGGAUUCAAGACAAAUCCAUUUUGGAAUGAACUGUCAGCAUCAAACCCAUUUUUAGAUGACGUAGCUCAAUCAAGCAACAAAGAAAAAAGUGACAGGCGUAUAUCAAUUUUGAAAGAAGAUCCUUAUUUAUUUCAUAGAGAUUCAAAUACCAGGCAUUCCGCCGCUUCAUCUGGGGAUGAAUUAAAUAUUGAUUAUCUUUUUCAUCGCAAAGCAUCGAGGAGGUCUACAAAAUCUCGGAGUGUUUCAGAUCUUUUGGAUAUCGUAAACACCACGACUUUUGAACUUUCCAGCACAGCAACAUCCAACCACAUUCUACCUCCAGAUAAUGAAUCACUUCAGAAUGAUCGUGAAGCUUAUAAGACAGCGUGGCUGAAUCAAAGGCAGCUGGCCCGAUCUUGCUUGGAUUUGAAUGUGAUAAAUCAGAGUCUAGGAUGGGCACAAACUCAAUCUGUAGAAACCCACAUCGUGUGCAAAGUGAAUCAUGAGGGCGGUUCGGUGCAGCUUCCUGACUCGGAUAUUGCUGUUCACUUCCCUGAAGGUCAUGUACCAUUUGGUGAAUUCCAAGAGGUUGGAUUACAGGCUAUCCUUGACUCUCCGUCAUCACUUAACCAUGACUUUUCAACCACUGUGAGCCCUUUAAUUGAACUGACAUUAAGUAACCUCAAUACCACAGAAGCCAUUUUGCUAGAAAUGAAAAUUGCAGCUGAAAUAAAGAAGGAUCCUUUUAGUCAAGUUAUGACAGAAAUUGUUUGUCUGUGCAGUUCCAGUAAAGAAGGUCCAUUUGAAAAAAUACACAACUGUUACAUUUAUAAAGAUACCAUCCAAGUGAAGCUGACAGACCUGAGUCACUUGAUGUACGUUAUCGCUGUAGCCCAAGUGAAUGCAGUGAAUGCUCCUGCAAGCGCUUGGGAAUAUAUCCACAGAAAACUUUCAGUGGGAAUAUAUGGACCCAAACACAUCCAUCCAUCUUUUACUGUUGUUUUUGCUCUCUUUGGCCACAACUAUAUUCCAGAGAAGCUCACAGUAUGUGGUAUUAAAAAAGGUGGGAAGAGUAUGCCCCCAGUUGUUUUCCAACUAUGGGGGAAGCACAUAUUUGAACUGGAGAAGCCGCAAGACCUGAACAUUUUUGUGGCUUCCUGUGACCCUGAUUUUGAAGUGAAGGAAGUAGAUCAAAGGAAAGAAGUUAAAGAAGACACAUUGAAAGGCGGUGGCCAGGUGAUUCAAAAACACUUUCCAUUUUCCAUACUCAACACAAGAAAACUACAUCUUUUUGUCUUCCGUGUCCAAGUUAAAAUCCCAAACAACAACUUGGUGUGCCAGUUCUACAUUACAACUCCUGAACCGGCUCCAAAGCCGUUAAGAGGAAUGUUCAACCAGCCAAGCCAAUUGGGAAAACGCAAGGAGGUCAAAUCUGCACCGUUGUUAUCAGUACCAACCAUAAAAUACCCAACAUUUCAAGAUCAGGAUUUAAAUGUUAAGAGGUAUGGCAUAGCUUUGAAGACUGUGUUGCGUCAAAGUAAAAUUAACUAUUUGCUGGAGUAUUUUAAAGGGGACACAAUAGCGCUUCUUGGUGAAGAUAAGGUAAAAGCCAUUGGACAAGCUAAAAUAAAAGAAUGGUAUGUAGGAGUUCUUAGAAGAAAGGUGGGCCUUGUACACUGCAAGAAUAUCAAAGUGAUACCCAAGGACCAAGCCAUGGAUAUUGAGGAUAGCACAAUCACAACUGAUGGCCUUGCUGAACAAAUUGCAUUGCCUUUUAAAAAACUGACAUAUAUCUAUUCAGCAAUCUUAUCCACUGUAUCAGAGAGAAUGUAUGACUGGAAAGCUUUGGCUAAUGCCCUUCGAUUUUCAGACAUGUCCCUGGGUGAUUUCAGUGAAUUACAAGCUGAGAAAGAAUCGGAAAAAGUUGCUUAUGUUGUGAAGAAGCUAAAGGAAGUUUGCCAUGCGAACAGAAGUACGAGGCGUUUCCUUUAUGAGCUCUGCGUUGCUCUUCUGAAACUGAACUGCCAAGGAUUGGUAGCACGCAUUACCCAGGAUACAGUCAUUUUUACUUCAGCCGUGAAGCUUGGAAAAGGCUGGAGGGACCUGGCUGAAAAGUUAGCUCGACUCACAAAGCAACAGAUUGAAGCUUAUGAAGCUCCCCACCGAGGGAAAAAUGGAGAUGUUCCCCCAGAGAUGAUGUGGAAGCCAGCGUAUGAUUUUCUGUACACCUGGGGAGCUCACUAUGGAGACAGCUACAGGGAUAUGCUGCAAGACCUGCAAUCUGCAUUAGAUAAAAUGAAAAACCCUGUGACCAAACACUGGCGAGAACUCACAGGAGCUCUGAUUCUGGUUAACUGCAUGGAAAUUCUCCAGGCAAAUGCUUUCUCUAAAAUGGAUGAAGAAUAACAAUUGUCUUCUAAUUGGUAAAAGCACCCUAUACGUCUUCUCCCUAAAAUGCAAAGACAUGCAAUGGGGUCAUUUCUAUUAAAAACCACUGAGUGCCUUUUAUCAAAAUUAUGCCUCCUUUUGUAUAGUUUUUUUUAAA